GAUGCGCUCUGGGUUCGCCGCCGCCAUUUUGGGCGCUUGCAGUGAAGCGGCGGCGAUAGAGCGGCAAGAGCCGGCCGGCCUUCCUCGCCUUUCCUCCUCACUCCCUCUCCCUCUCCGCCUCUUCAGAGCCAGGUUCCAAAUUAAGAAAACACUUUAUCGCAACUGAAUGCAGCAAACUAAGUAUCAUGGAUCUGAAAUUCAAUUCCUCUCGGAAAUAUGUUUCUAUCAGCAUACCAUCAAAAUCUCAAGUUAUGUCACCACACAUCAAAUCAGUAGAUGAUGUAAUCGUCCUUGGUAUUAAUCUCAGCAAAUUUAACAAGGCUACUCAGUUUUUUAUCUGUGUGUCUGGAGUCUUCCUGUUUUAUCUUAUUUAUGGCUACCUGCAAGAACUCAUAUUUUCAGUAGAAGGCUUUAAACCCUUUGGCUGGUAUCUUACAUUAGUGCAAUUUGGAUUUUAUUCCGUUUUUGGACUCAUAGAACUACAACUUAUUCAGGAUAAAAGGAGACGGAUUCCAGGCAAAACCUACAUGAUAAUAGCUUUUCUAACAGUGGGGACAAUGGGUUUAUCAAAUACCUCCUUAGGAUAUCUGAAUUAUCCUACACAAGUAAUCUUCAAGUGCUGUAAACUGAUCCCAGUUAUGAUAGGUGGAGUCUUUAUACAAGGAAAACGUUAUAAUAUCGCAGAUGUUUCUGCUGCAAUGUGUAUGAGCUUGGGUUUAAUAUGGUUUACUUUAGCUGAUAGCACAAUUGCACCAAAUUUCAACUUUACAGGUGUGGUACUUAUAUCCCUUGCCCUCUGUGCAGAUGCAGUCAUAGGAAAUGUACAAGAAAAAGCUAUGAAGUUGCACAAUGGCUCAAAUUCCGAAAUGGUUUUGUAUUCCUAUUCAAUAGGUUUCCUGUACAUUUUAUUGGGACUGACAUGCACUAAUGGCUUAACCCCUGCAGUAACAUUUUGUUCAAAGCAUCCAGUGCAAACAUAUGGCUAUGCAUUCCUGUUUUCCUUGACUGGCUAUUUUGGAAUCUCUUUUGUCCUGGCUUUGAUCAAAAUCUUUGGGGCUCUUUUGGCUGUAACAGUAACAACAGGAAGAAAAGCGAUGACAAUUGUGCUUUCAUUUUUGUUUUUUUCAAAGCCAUUCACAUUCCAGUAUGUUUGGUCAGGUUUAUUAGUUGUCCUUGGUAUAUUUCUCAAUGUUUACAGCAAAAAUAUGGACAAAAUCAAACUGCCUUCACUACGCAGUCUCUGGAAUAAAUCUAUUGAAGAGAGAAAGACAAGGACGUUGUCCCAAACUGUGUAAAGAAUGGCUGGUGCCAUAUAUUACACUGAACUUUUCAUUUUUUGUUAUUCCAUUGUAAUAGUUUUCAGCUGAUUCACUUUCCAAAGGGAAUAAUACUGAAACCAAAGGCAUUGAAGGCAUUCAAUCUGCUUGUGGAUGGUGGACGUCAGCACUUCUCUUAUAGUUCCUCCUUGGAGCAUAUGGAUCUUAUCCUACAAUCCUAGGAUGCUACUUAACAGUGGGUUCUGAAGGAUGUCUAUUUGUGGAAGAGCCUCAUUCUAAGUGGGCCAUUUGUGAAAGAGCGUGUGUGGGCAUUUUAAUUGAAUCAAAGAUGUUGCUCUUGCUGCUGAUAUCAAUGGAUCUUUGUGUUUUAUGGUCAGGGUCAAUUUAUUUAAAUGUAAUGUUGUAUUGAAACUUAAUAGAAACUAAUAAGAACGUGAUUCAUAAAACAAAAUGGUUGGGAUCAUUAAUGCCAUAAUUAUAUUCUUUUUAAAUAAAAAAUAUAUCUGUUUUUUUAAAAGUUUUGUUCACAUUGUUUUUGUACUGAAAGAUUUCUUCUGGGGAAAAAGAAACCGAAUUCUCUUUAGAAUUAAGGACUUUGAGACCAGUUGAAAAGGACCAGUCCUGAAGAUGCAUAUUUCUUUUUCACUCAUCUUUCCUGAUUCUUAAGGCAUUGCCCCUCACAAUUAGUUAUAAAUUGGAUACAGAAGGGCUAAACAUGCCAAGCAAUUCACAAGAUGACCAAAUAAAUAAUUCCUUGCUAUCUUUCCACAUUUUAACAAAAUAAGAAAGAGAAACUUGGAAAAAUAGUUAGGCAGUGGAAGAUGAAUUGUUUUACACUGUUUGUUGCAUAUGGUAAUUAUCUUGGAAAUUAGCUCUUUUAAUAGAGCUCUCUGUACUGUACACUUUUUUAAAAAAAUCGGUUCUGUGCCAUAAAAAGCUGGAUUCUACAAGCUGAAUAAAUUAUACACCUAUUCAUA